CCUCCCCGCCCCAAUUGGGGAGCGCCACGAAUUGACCAAGUGAAGCUACAGCUUUGCGGCAUAAAUUGCGGGGUCCCGAGCCAUGUCGCUGACCAACACAAAGACGGGGUUUUCAGUCAAGGACAUCUUGGACCUGCCGGACACCAACGAUGAGGAGGGCUCGGUGGCCGAAGGGCCGGAGGAGGAGAGCGAGGGGCCGGAGCCCGCCAAGAGGGCCGGGCCGCUAGGGCAGGGCACCCUGGAUACGGUGCACAGCCUGCCCCUGAAGAACCCCUUCUACGACAGCAGCGACAACCCAUAUACGCGCUGGCUGGCCAGCACCGAGGGCCUCCAGUACUCCCUGCACGGGCUGGCGGCCGGCGCAGCGCCCCAGGACUCAAGCUCCAAGUCCCCGGAGCCCUCGGCCGACGAGUCACCGGACAAUGACAAGGAAACCCCGGGAGGCGGGGGGGACGCGGGCAAGAAGCGGAAGCGGCGGGUGCUCUUCUCCAAGGCGCAGACCUAUGAGCUGGAGCGGCGCUUCCGGCAGCAGCGGUACCUGUCAGCCCCCGAGCGGGAGCACCUGGCCAGCCUCAUCCGCCUCACGCCCACGCAGGUCAAGAUCUGGUUCCAGAACCACCGCUACAAGAUGAAGCGCGCCCGGGCGGAGAAAGGUAUGGAGGUGACGCCCCUACCCUCGCCGCGCCGGGUGGCCGUGCCGGUUUUGGUCAGGGACGGCAAACCGUGCCACGCGCUCAAAGCCCAGGACCUGGCAGCCGCCACUUUCCAGGCGGGCAUCCCCUUUUCGGCCUACAGCGCGCAGUCUCUGCAGCACAUGCAGUACAACGCCCAGUACAGCUCGGCCAGCACCCCCCAGUACCCGACAGCACAUCCCCUGGUCCAGGCUCAGCAGUGGACUUGGUGAGCGCCGCCCCUCCGAGACUCGCGGCCCUAGGCCCAGGCCCCACCCCGGCGGCGGCGGCAGCGAGGAGGACUCGGUCCUUACGGUGGCUAUUAUUAUUAUUAUAAUUAUUAUUAUGGAGUCGAGUUGACUCUUGGCUCUGUUGGGGAGGCGCCGGGAGGUUGCCUGCGCCUCCCUGGAGUGGCAGAUUCCAUCCACCCAGCUCUGCCCCAUCCCUCUCUCCUUUUGAACCUAUGGAGAGGGCUGAACUCUAAGCCGUGUUUACAGAAUGUUUGCGCAGCUUCGCUCCUUUGCCUCUCCCCGGGGGGACCAAAUUGUCCCAGCGUUAACGUCCUCACUUGAGAACAAGAAAAAGACCAACACACACACCCCGCCCCGCUUUUGUGAAUUUUGUAAAAUAUGUUUGUGUGAGUAGCGAUAUUGUCAGCCGUCUUCUUCUAAAGCAAGUGGAGAACACUUUAAAAAUACAGAGAAUUUUUCUUUUUUUUUUUUAUAAGCAAAUGCUAAAUAUUUAUGGCCAUGUAAACGUUCUGACAACUGGUGGCAGAUUUCGCUUUUCGUUGUAAAUAUCGGUGGUGAUUGUUGCCAAAAUGAUCUUCAGUCCGGGCCUGUGCCCCCUCGGGGCCCAACUCCUUUCUUUGUGGUUUGUUUUGGUUUGCUUAUGUUUGGUUACCCCCGCUUUCUUUUCCUUUUAUAUUUUGUUCAGUGCAAACAUUUCUCAAAUACGAAAAAGGAAAAAAAAUGUGUAGGCGAGAAGCCCCCUGCCCCCUCCGGGUCCUGAGCCCUGGAACUUGGAGCUCAGCGGUUCCGUGCUGUUCCCCAAGAGCGCCGGGCGCUGAAAGCUUUCGAUUUUUUAAAUAAGAAUU